AUGAGAGAGCAUUUCAAGGCAUUCUUAUCGCAAUACAAGCUGCGAGAGGAGCAUUUCGAGAAACUGCUGAAGGCACGAUCAUCUGAAACUGCGGUUCAGAUCAUGAAGGUCAAAAAGUACCGAGAGUUGUCUCGAGCUGGAUGGCGAAUGGCCUCAGAGGCACUGGAUAGCCUUUCCAAGGUUGAUGAACGAAUCCAGACCAUCGAGUCCAACUUUACGGACUAUAAAGCGCUUUCCAGUGCCACAAUCGAAUCUCUGGUUCAGGAGCACGAAUCUUCCAAGCGUGACUUCAAGUACCUAGAAUUGGAGCAUGAACAGACGAAGAACAAGACGGAACUCAUGAACGUUAUGAUGAGUGACGUUGUGGCGUAUAAUGCGGAGCUCAAGGAGACACUCAGCGAGUUCCAGGAUCUAGCAGAGGCGUGGAGGGUGUGGGCAGAGGCUUCCAAGCCCAUGAUUGAGACUGCUCUUCCGGAUCUUCAGAUGCAGGCCAUGGACGGCAUUCUGACGAAGACCGAGGGGCUAAUACCUCGCGAAGCAGAUGAUCCUCAGCCUCCUACUGACGAAGAAAUUGAGGAUAUGCUGCGUAAGGGGCGUUUGGAGGGCAAGACGGUGGAACAGGUGAGCCAGGAAGUGAUUUCAGCGACGGAGCAUGCUCUGAAGCUGGCGCGAGAGCGUCGGGAGAAGCGGGCAAACAACAGCUCGGCUAUGGCUGCUCGGGUCAACAAGCAUGUGGAUCAUGUGUUGGCCUCGCAGAUGAAGUCCGAUGAUGCGAUUACCGAGAAGGCUGUCAAGCAGGUUGUCGAGGCUGCCAAGAUUCUUGACCAGAUUAAGCCUGCUAACUCGCCUGCCAAGGAUAUCGCCGAGAUGCCUAAAGUUGACGAAUCAGCUCCUCGAUCCGUUCGUGAAUCUGCCACACCACUGCCUGAAACUGAAAAAUCUACGCCCCAGCCCCAUAAGACAUCUCCCAAGAAGGAAUCUCCCAAACUCGACACUGAUGGCUACGAGGCCGAUGUGGACGAUACUAAGGCUGGCAGAAAAGCCCAGAAGACCGAAGACAAGACCGUUCCCCCUAUGGCUGAGCUACCUGAGCCACCAACCAACGCAGCAUAUUCUGCUGCACUAGGCCUCGCUCCAGAUAGUCAUUUGACAGUGUACUCUCCGGUUCAUACUGAUGACGAAGAUGUGUCCCGUGAGGCUGCUCACGAUGAGGCUGAUGGCGAGGAUGACGACGACUUCGGAUUCAAGCGAUACGUGGCGUACGAGGGAGACGUGUCUUCUGAGGAGGAUGAGUACUUUUUGCGAGCCAAAUUUGGUAUCUGCUACCAUGACCGGUACAACCGACGUGGCAAGGCUACAAACAAAGACGUCAACUCGUACAUGGGGGUGUUUGGCGGUGCUCCUGACAAGUCUCAUAACCUGUGUGCUCACGAUAUGGGUGCUGAUUAUGGACAGGCGCGAUUCUCUGACCGCCGAGGUCAUCUCUUCAGCGAGGUGCUGCUGCAUGAUUAUGUCCAGUCUGAUGACGACACUUCCAUGCAGAAUUGGACAGAUGAGGUGGAGUGGGAAGAGGGGAUCACUCCCGAUGAAGAUGAGGACGAAGACGAAGACUCUGGAAGCGACGUGGACCAUGAUGAUGAUACGAAGCGGGCAGCUGAAGAGAAGAUCAAGGCUGUUCAGAAUGCCAUUGAUGUUGCAACUGGAACCAAGACGGCGCCCCCCCCUGGAAGUGCCGCUGCCAAAGGAGUGGCAGACGAGCUGGAACAAAUGCUCUUUGCCAAGGUUGACGAGAGAUUCAACUCUGUGCAAAUUCCUGAGUCUUUCUCCGAAGAGGAAUGGAAAACUCUCAAGAGCGGCUCCUUGGGCGGCAUUGUGCCUCUCAUGUUGUCCUACAUGAUUUCCGCUUUCUCUGCUGGAAACACCCUGACCCUGGAUCAGAAGUUUCCAUCGUUUGUGGUGGCUUCCUGCAACUGGGCUGGCUCUAUCGCGACUAUCAACUUCCUGACCUGCUAUUACAGCAACAGUAACGGUUAUAAGGAAAGGUAUAGAUGGGAUCCUAUCGGACGAACCAUCAAGUCUAUUGGUGACAUCUCCGGUCUUCUUGACGAGUCUCGAAACUUGUGCCCUGUUACUCUCGAUCUCAUUCCUUUCCUCCUGUUUGCUGCUCGAGCCCUGGCUGAAGUUGUUGUCCACCCUACCUGGGAGAGUGGCGAUGCUCGCGAUAAUGCGCUUCAGACUGCUGUCAAGGACCAUGAAAGUUUUCUAUCAGUGGAAGAUUUAUACCGACUCGUUUUGGAGUUCCGACCUCCGUUGUGGGACCAUCGCACUGGGGAGGUGUAUACGACUCUUUUGGAUGCCCUGAUACGUUCGUUUGUGAGUCUCUACAUGCGAGUGAGCCGGUUCCCAUUUGAGCUCGACAAGCUUGCUGCUCUACCAGUAGCCAAGCCUGUUGAAGGGACUACCCCAUCUAAGAACGUCCUUGAUAUUCUCACCAAGAUCGAGGACCAGAAGUCCAAGUUCCUUGAUCUUGAAGUCACAAAAAUCGAGCAAGUUCUUCUGCAUCAGGCCUCUGCGGCUCUGAGACGGUGUAUCACUAAGAACGUGUAUCCUGAAGACACGUCACUUGUUGUUGAAAGAAGCGUUCAAGACAAGGUGUUUGCUUUCCUGGCCGGCAGGGGAGGAGAUGAGACGUACAACAAGGUUGUUGCUCACAACCAACCCAUGCUGUUGCGGGCGUUGCAUUCCAACCAGCUGGAUGUUGAACGUAUUGCCCAGCUACAAGAUGCUUAUGAGAAGCUGGAUGGUCAAAUUGCCUCUGUCGCUCAGACAGUUAACGGUACUGGCGAGGAAAGUGCAAAUGGAAACGGAACCAAUGGAGGAAACAACUGA